AUGCCUAGCCAAACCCACACCCCACUGCCCAGUGCGUCCAACGCGCCCCACGUCACCAUGCCCGGGACCGACUCCGACACUGCCAAUAUAUCCUACGAAUCCGUCGCACAGAGAGUGGUAAACCAGUGCCUGGAGCAACAACCUACACUCGACACAUCCGUCCCCACUCCCCUCACUGCUACCGCACAUUCAGACACCGUAUGGGCCUAUCAGUUCAAAUGCGCGUCCACGAAUACCUGCGGUAGACCACCUUCGUCUGCAUCACACCAUCACAUCCUCCCCCACCAGCAUCUCAACGCACAUCAACAUCACCCACCUCAAACACCUAACCGCCAUCUCCCACGCAAGUGGGAAACGUGCGUCUCGGCUCCUUCUAAAUGUGGCUCCUUUGCUGCCUGUGUGAUCGGCGUCUUAGACGAAGACGGUGCGUCGAUGGGUUGAGAACCAGGCUGUCACGGCCCCUUCUUAAGCGAUCUGUGACACUCUCAUGCAUGUGAGGAGAGUGUGUGUGCUUUAUGCGUAGUGCCUCUCAGUCGACGACCGUUUAAUUACCAAACCUUGAAGGGCGACGGUCCAGGCUAAAUGCAGGGCCACAUGUCGCCCUUCUAAGUCAAAAGGACUGAAAGCGUGUGCUAUGGCGGUAUCAGCAAACCAUGGCCCUUUCAGCCUGGUAUGCGCUGGCAAUUCCCUGAGACCCUGUUCCCUGCCGGUAGACGCACUUGCGCUCCGACUGGGUAUACAGGUGGUGGAAAUGGCUGCCCAGUCAUCAUCCCCUUCCUUCUGACUCUUGUUGGGGUGUUCUUUUUGUUGGUCAAAAACCUGGUCAUUUUUCGUGUGGACCAGGGGUUUCAGACUGGAACGUCAAGGUGGGGGCUCGAUCGUGCCAUCCACCUACGCCCUCCCCCGCCUCCGGUCUUCUCGGCUCUGUCUUGACACCUGGUCCAGGUUGGGGAAGAGUGAAUGCGGUAGAUGCUGCGAAAGCCUACUGCCACUUUAAACCAAUUCACGCUCUAGUCACUGUCCCUGCCUCACCUUGUUGGGGAGUACACGUUGGACAUAAUCGGAAUCGACGGUCGAACUGUCAGAUGGACUGCUUAACUUUGUCAGUCCGACGCCCACCUCCUGUUGACAUAACACUGUCCUGCCACGGAACCAUGGACCAUGUGAGAAUGGAGAAUUCGGUAGGUGAUGUACAAGUCUGCUUUACUAUAAGCAAAUUUAUGCGUAGAACAUCGUCGUUAAGCCAACCUUUAGAAACGAAGAGACGAGUCCCACGAAGCAGUCUUGAAGAAGAAGACACGAUCGCCGGGACAAGAGCUUUAUUAGCCUGACCACCCUUACCUGCUUUUGUCUCUGAUGAUGGAUUCGAGCAGGAAUCCGAAACAUCAGGCUAAUAAAGCUCUUGUCCCGGCGAUCGUGUCUUCUUCUUCCAGCCUUUAGACUUCCUACUGUUGGGCAGUAAGUUGGCUAUCCAGGAAACGAAGAUAACAGUAUCCCAACGGUCACAAACUAGUAAAUAAGAACAAAGUUGUCAGCAGGCAACAGUGUAUGUACUUGUUUUAUGCCCUAUCCAAGGUUGUGUCAAGUUCUUUAAAAUGCGUAUUGUAACUGAGUAAAACAGACGGACUUAAAUGUCACUAAACUACCUUGCAACAACUGAACUGUCAGAUAAGAAACGAUCGAGGCGAGCGCGCAUAGUGUAGUUGAAUGAUGAACGCUUAGGAUAGACCCAUGAGUAGAGUUGCGGUGGACGUGGUGUUUUACAGCGGCGAACGUAAAUCCAGAAUUCGCAGCUGCUAGACCGAAUGUUCCAUUCAUCCUGCCCUAUUUUGGAGAGGCAAACUCCACAGAGGUAGGCAAGCCGACGUGACCUGCUCUUUGUUGGGUGGGUUUCAUUGGCCUGAGAUCAAACACUUGAUUGUUGAAUGCUCUGAUCUUUAAGAGUAGGAAUUUUCCAAAAGGUGAGUUCCAUUGUUUUUGGAUAAUUGCAGUUUCGUCCGCCCAUGAGUGCCCGAGACCGAAACAUAUGUUAUUGGGAGAAUAAGUGUGUCGAAACUAUCCAACGUCUGCAAUAUUCCUCAACAUGACGCGGUUUUUAAUGCUGUCAGACGUACUGUAGUGGAUAUGAGUCGUAACUAUGUGCAGGCAAUGAGAAUAUUUAGGAAAUCGUUGUGCCUAUUAGCGUUGUUCCCCGACAUUUCACUUGUUCGUCCUUGUAUCUUUUCUUAUAUUCUGUGUUGGGCCGUCUCCGAAGUUUUUGCGCCAUUUUCGGCAGUCUGCUCCGUCUUCUUCUCUCAUGUGACUUUCUCCCAGGACUCGUAUUUGAUUCGUAUACAUUUCGGGCAGCUUUCAGUGCGUCAUUAUAACUUUUUGUCCUCUUAUCUGAUAGAACCUUCCGGCACGUCGCCGCAGAACGGUCGAUGCGUCAUCCAUUAAUCUACAUCCGUCCAUCGUGACCGCCCAUGCGAGACUGAAUGCACGUUAGCACUGUCAGCCGACUUUGGAAGUUUAAUAUCAUAAGUCAUAUUUGCUGCGACAUUUGUGGUAUCUACAGCCAACCUCUGAGAGAAGUUCUUGCUCCGUCUAUUAUGUCAUACUGCUUCGCAGAAUGAAGACUGAGAUUUCGGCGAUUAUCGCCAGUUUUGCGACUGCCUUUUCCUUUACAGAUGUACAUAAAGGGUGAUGUUCUUAAAUUCCAGCGUGCUUUAUCUUCGUCUCCUCAUCCUUGGAGCAACAGAGUCAGUUCGUCCAGAAACUUCUAUUGGAAUCAGUACGGUCCUUAAGACUUUUCAGGUCUGCUUUGCGAGUCAGGCAGUUAUUUUGCAUCUUUCAGAAUCCCUUGUCGUAUUUGGUGUCGACAGAAGGUAAGUGAUAUCGUUUUCACCUGUUCUACUGCCCACGAGACUCAUCAAAUUUAUUUGUCGUUGUCUUCGUAGCGGUGUGCACGCCCACUACUUGGUAGGAAAAGUGAAUAACUACCCCGGAACUAUAUUCUCAUAGUGUCUACUUACUUGAUUUUGGUAGACUGGCAUACACUAUGAGUAAUCUCUUAGGCCCAUUGUCGGCGGCAGCAGCAUAUUCCUCCAUCCCUGUCGGAUUGGUGUCGAGUCAUCCGAGUUAAUCCGUGCUACUUUUUCCUACGUUUCAGUUCCCAAGGGGUUUCGCAGUUCACAGUCGGCCUUGUGCUAGUCACUGACAAGGUCGCUCGAAAACGUCUUUUGUUCUUUCUUUAUGCUGCGAACUGCUACUUUAAUUAGUGGCUUCGAAAUGUUGACCGUGAGUCCUGUUGUCGACAUCGUCGGGGAAAGCGUACGUUGUCCUUGGAGAACAUUUCCGUCUUCUGUGCUAACUCGUUCCCAUAAAUUCAUAUACAAUCCAGGAGAUGACGCCUAGACCACCUUUUUAAGCCUAUGCAUUUAUAGCUUCGUCUUUCACUCCUGUUAGGUCGGGCAUCACCGGAAUCUGUCGGCAUUCUGCUGAUGGACAACAAAAUCGGAUGAUGAGUGUCGGUGAAAGUCUUAGUCCUUCGUUGGAUUUCUGUUAGGCAUUCAUUAGGUCAUGGGAAAGCGUCCGCUGCCACAGACAUUUGUUCAAUUUUUGCUUCUCCAGUUAGCAGCUUCUUGCCACAAAUGCCGAGGCCUGGAGUUUCUGCUGACGUCUUACCGUUUCCACUGACUUCCUUGUCUUCAGUCGUUCUUCCAUUAAUCACCGAUCUGAUCGCAUGAGAGCGUUCGUGUAGGAUCCCCGAUUAGUUGCCUGUGCGUCUGCCGACCAGCGGAAGCAAACAACGCCAUGCCGGACUACGCAGACGUCGUGCGUUUACAUAGGCACGCCAAGAGAUUACUCUGUGUAGCUGUAGGCUUAACGCUACCCAGUACGCCCUGGGUUGUUGCAUAGACCUGUCGACUUCACGCAUGCACAUCCAGCGAUGGCCCAGUACACUAAUCAAAGUUCCGGUGACGUUAGUGUGAGGUUCACGUGCCUAGUCUUGUCCAAUGACCUCGGACAAGCCAAGGAAUUCUGCAGUCCGGGUAUGCAAGUAGUCUUUUCCGUCACAAAAGUAAUAUUUUCAGCUACCCAAACCAAAUAAGUAGACAUUUCAUAGGAAUAUAAUUCAGGCGGUACUUGUGUGCGCGUGCAGCCAUCUGCUUCACUGAAGGCAGCGAAGAGGAAGUCAGCCGAAAACCUGGCAUGAUACAGUCUGUCAAGACAUGAGGGUCGUUCUUGGACCUUCAGCAUUCGGAGUUCAUCUCUGGAGAAGGGAGUGAGUUCAGUUGUCUGUAUUUGCUACCACAGACUAUUGCAUGAGUGAGGAACAAGCAGCGACAUCAUCGAGACCGGCUGCGUCAGGUAUGAUCACAGCUAUAAAACACCCUCUGCCCCGUGCUUUAUCGAGGGGAGCAACCAGUAGCCGUAGGCGUCCGGGGGAAUUUGGUUUGGGUAUCAAUUUUUGAUGUUUUUUCAGGUUAUUUCUAUGGUUUUCAUAGAUCCCUUAAGACAUGGCCUCUAAUUCUGGACUUAACACUGUAAAUAAGUUCGUACAGCCGUGCCCAAGCAUUGUCGAAUAUAUUGACAUCGAGCGUAAAGGGUGCACGCCGCAUGCCUGCCACUGAGACAUCGCGCGCUUCACUGCUUCUUAGAUAUAAGCUUCGCUAAUGAAGUUUGGUAUGAAAGUACACAGGUGUGGUAGAGGUACGCUCACCGAUCGUGUUACGCUACCCACUCGUCGGAACUCACUGUUAGUAAUGUUUCUCUGCAUACACAGGCCUGGCUGAACAUUCAAUGGGUUAGAAGAUUCCUGCUCGGGAUGUGUGAUGCUCAAAACCUACUAUGAGUCUUCGUCAGGUGGAGUCUUAAUUACUUGUUGAAAUCCAUGAGCCGCUGAUCGUUCCAGAUUGUCUGUACACACUUGUGGGACAUUGACACCCUUCCAUCUUUAGUAGAUGCCAGAGUUCAAGGCCAUUCGAAAAAAGCACCACGUCCAUUUCGACCUUAUCACUCAUAUCAUCACAAUAGAGUAUGUUGAGCAGAGGUGCGAGAACAGGUCCCCGAAGGAUUCCGAUUUUAACGGAAGCCACCAUGGAUGUAUAAAAUUUGUAGUCAAUCUUUGUCGCUGUCUGAAGGUAACAUUUUUUAACCAGUGGAGAGGAAUAACACACGAGCUUGCUGUCGCUGGCGUGGGGCACAGUCAGCUGCCCUGCUAAAGUCCCAUUAAUUUGUAUUAUCUUCAUAUCCGUUAUGUAAAAAUUUCGUCUGUUUCUUCCGUCGGUUUCGGUUUCGCCUUAAAUUAUGAUGUUUACCAUGAAAAUAACAGAACUUUCGAAAAAAGCAAGUUGUAACUCUUAUAGUAUCUUUUUUAAACUCUUACAUAAAACGCCCCUCAGGUUCAAUACUAGGAAUUUUCUCACUUGUAACAGGAAGCCGUCUUUGUAAAUCGAUAUGGCAUUGAUAAGCUUUCAUGUCUCUGGAAGCACACCGCGUUAGGCGAUCGUAAGAUAUGACACGCUGAGGACCAGAUAGUUCUUUGUUCAGCUUUCCAAACAGUUACGUCCGGAUCUUGCUUGAAGUUGGUGAUUUAUUUGGAUUCAAGUUCUAUAAAUCCGACUUCACCCUGAUCUCAUUAAAGUCAAAUGAUUUAGCUAAUGAACUAAACACGGCUUUGAAGGGCUGCUUUGUUGACAGGCCCCCUUCAACUAUAAGAACGGACUGGAAGAACUUAGAGAUACCUACGUAUACCUGCUUCGACGCCAGGUAUGUCGUCUCUUCCUUCGUGAAUAUAAGACCCAGACAAUCAGUCAAUAAUUAUCUUCGUAACCAUUUUGACCCUCACGAACGUUGGAGGAGAAAUACGGUUGGAAGUUUGUGCGAACCUAUGUUCUUUAUGCUAUAUGAACGUCAGUCAUUUUGUCUGGGUAACUUGACCAAAUUUAAUAAGCCUGUUUUCUGCCUGAUCACUGAUGACUUCACUCACAUAACCCCUUUUUCCACCGUUCACAUACCAAGGGUAAUCGUGAAGUCAGCAUAUGUCCCGUUCUCAAUUAUUUAUGCACCAUUGGCUUUCUGCAUGCGAAACGACUUUUUACCUGUCAUAGCAAACAGUCAGACGGUAUAACAUGCGGUUUAUCUUAAUUUACAUCAUACCAAGUUCUUCUCAGUCAAACAGCUAUCCAUCAGGAUUAUUAUCAUGAAGUUCAGCGUUAACAUAACCCGCUGGCGCCAGAAACUAACGGCGUAGCAUGUAUUGCGGCACAGUCUUAUUGUUGAUAGGCGCCUUACUUUGUGUCGCAGUAAACAACUUUGAGGAGGUAACAUAGGUUUGCAGUGGUCAAGGACGUGAGAUCAACUUAAACUACAUAUGUACAAUAAUUUUGCUCCGACUAGUAACAGAAUUCAGGAAGUUGUGAGAACAGGUUUAUUCUGUACACAGGACAGGUCGCCGUAAGUUGGCUGUACGCUUGGGACAGAGAUAAGCGCUCGUUCUGGAGAGCGUGAGCUGCGGUGCCUUCUGUGUGUCGCUACCACAAAAGAGGGUGUUGUGGCCUUUUUCUCUGUCCUGUCUGUUCAAAAUCACGUCCGCAAGAGCGACGUCCCGUGUGUGUUCAAUCAGCGAAACAGAUCGCAUUGAUUGGUUUUGAGAGCACGCGAGGGUAGUAGCGAAUUAUCGACCAGGAGUGUGGUGUGGACGGGACUGCAGAUCGAGGGUUAGCGAGCGCAGUCGUGGCACGUAUACAAUAGAAGGAGGGUACAGAGAAAAGGCUGUUACAGGUUCUUAUGGGGUGUAGGGGUGUCAACGGUGGGUUUACGUGAUGAUCGUAGUGGUCGCUGACUUGCUUGCAGAUGAGGUUACGCCUAGCAUCCAUUUCCUGGCACCCAACUCUCACCUGUGACUCCUCGUAGCUGGGCUCUGCUCAGCGGCCUCACUCCGGGAAACCACCUCGACUGGCGUGCUAAACCAGGUGAGGGCGGUUACUCCCGGUACGCGUUGUGCCACGUGCACAGGUAAAUUGCGGACUCCGCUGGAUGGUUGGUCGGAUGGAACACCGCGUCGGCACCGUCGUGAAGAGGCUCCAUCUGGUACGUCGCUGGUCAGCCGGUGGGAUGGAUCUUCGAAUCGGCAUUCCCGAAAAGCGCCCAUCUGGUGCACCGUAGGAGACCGCGGGCUUACGGCGAUGUAGUAAGUCAUUGGCAAAUUCGAGUCGUUAUUCCACUGCCAAAAAAUCUCGUGGCCCACAGUGGAGUUCGACCGCGCCGGCACAUCAAGCCCUAUUUAGGGACGAGCACUGCUUCUCUUUGGAGGGGGCCUGGAAAAGCUGGCCUAAAGAUUGCUGGAGAGGCACGUCGUCUGCAGGCUGACCGUGUUCGCAGACGUAGAACUCACGGUCGAAACAACUGAAAUCGAAACAACAACAACAACAACAACAACAACAACAACAACAACAACAACAACAACAACAACACUACUCGCUCUCCUCAUCCUACCUCUUUUUCCUCUUCCUCUGCCUAUUCUUCUGCCUAUUCUUCUCCUUCGCCAUCUUCUUCUCCACCUCCUUUCCGCCGCUCAACUCGUCGCCAGACUGACAGGGUGAGUCCGCUCACUCUGGCAGCCUGGAAUGUUCGUUCCCUUUUAGACAAUCCGAGGUCCAACCAACCGGAACGGAGGAAGGCGCUAGUGGCCCGGGAACUGGCGCGCUACAAAGUGGACAUUGUCGCACUCAGCCAGACUCGAUUCUCCGAUCAAGGCCAACUGAAGGAGGUGGGUGCCGGCUACACCUUCUUCGGGAGCGGUCGCCCCAGGCCAGAGCGACGAGACGCGGAACGACACCGUGAGACGACUGCCCAGUUUGCCGCAGGGCAUCAACGAUCGCCUGAUGAGCCGCCGUCUGCCUCUCCGGGGUGGGGGCAAAUUCGCCAUCAUCAUCAGCACCUACGCUCCGCCGAUGACCAGCCCCGACGCCGCCAGAGACAAAUUAUACGAGGACCUGCACGCCCUCUUGGCGACUGUGUCGAAGGCGGACAAGUUGAUUGUCCUUGGUGA